AUCCGCUCGAAUUGAACGGGUACGGCACGAUUACUCUAUCUAGUGUCGCGUCUGGAGCACUCUACAUUGAACCAGUCUUGCUCGACGUUGUUUAACACCGGUGCAGGAUAUUUCCACUCCACGCGUUUUCCAGUGUCAACGACCUCGACAGUGACACUGGUGUCCUGGAUGAAGUCCUAAGGCCCAGGACACUGGUAAUCUCGUGCCGAUGCUUAAAUAUUAAAACCGACAUUCAUCGGCAAGAUUCCUGAAUGCCGAGAUAGAGGAGAGUUUGUGCAGGCACUUCGGGAAAGUGCGUAAGAAUUCGGGGGAGAGAUUUAAGCAGUCUCAGCGACAACUCGAGAGCGGAGAGAAGAGGGAGAGGAUGGUCAAAACAUAUAUAUUCAUGGUGUGAGAGUGACGCGUGCUGAUUGAAUGCCAAAGGUGGUCGCUGAUAAUCGAUGAAUGCGGGUGAUGAUAGAUGUGCCGGUGUCGUUGUUGCGGAGUGUGACUUAUCACCAGCGCAUUUCCGUCAGCCUGUCCUCACGACACCGUUGACGUAAUAUAGGUAAACGUGAAAAAACGUGAGACAGGAUUUAGAGCGCAAGGAAUCGCGAUGAAUCGCGCUACCAAGUUCUACAAGCUGCUGGCAGUCCUCUUCUGCUACGAAGCCUACAGCUAUAGCCUGAUCCUAGAGGAGGAUAAGGAACCGAAUUAUCUUACCGCCGGGGUAGGGGAGUAUGCGGUGUUUAAUUGCGAUCUUGAUUUUCCACACGAGACGCCAAUUCCAUAUAUUCUUCAAUGGAACCGUGACGGACGUGCGGUAUUUUCUUGGUACGACGGACACGUGACGGUGGAAAAUAUUUACAAAGGUCGCAUACACUUGCUGGACGAUGCCGGUCAUCGUGGAUAUGGCCAGGGGAGUAUAAAUCUCACGAAUAUUCGCGAAAGCGAUCAAGGCUGGUACGAGUGCAAGGUAAUCUUCCCCAAUAGAACGCCGAAUUCAAGACACAAUGGCACGUGGUUCCACCUCGCCAUUGAUGGUGCGUCGCCGUUUCCGACGACUGUUGCAGGUGACACUCUACUUGCGAUACCACCUGUCAAUAAAACUGCCAUGGAAGGUGAAGUGAUUACCUUUGACUGCGUCGCGAAAGGAGAGGGUACUAUCGUAACUUGGUUUCGCGAAGGAAUACCCGUCUCGGAAAUACAAGAUCUCAAAAGAAGAGCCUCUACCGGUACCGAUGGAACGCUGACGAUAAAUUCAGCCGCCAUGGGUGAUCUUGGAGAAUACACGUGCGUGGUGACUGGAGAAAAUGGAGAUGAGCAAAGCGCAUCGGCCUUUCUUAAUGUACAAUAUAAGGCGAAGGUGAUCUAUGCACCACGGGAAGUCUAUCUUCCGUACGGCAAACCAGCACUCUUGGACUGCCAUUUUAGGGCGAAUCCGCCCCUCACAAACCUCCGUUGGGAGAAAGAUGGCUUUCUCUUUGAUCCUUACAAUGUGCAAGGAGUCUUUUAUAGAAGAAAUGGAUCUCUCUAUUUUAGUAAAGUGGACGAGACGCACUCGGGAAGUUACAGUUGUACUCCCUAUAACGAGCUAGGCACUGACGGACCCAGCCCUUCGAUCACAGUGGUUGUAAAUGACAAGAUUGUAAAUCCUUGCAAUUUCGAGAUAGUUCAAAGACCGCCGGUGUUUACGGUAACGCCACAACAUUUAUAUAUGCGAAAAUUGGGUGAAAGCUUAGAAAUUCCUUGUGAUGCCAGAGACGGUGACGAUUCGCAUCGACCAGCCAUCGUAUGGUACAAGGACGGAUCGCCUUUGAUGUCCGAGAGAACCAUAAUGAUUGGCGGCAAUCUCACGAUAGAAAAGAUCCAAGAACAUGAUCGAGGAUUGUAUCAAUGUGCAGCCAGCAACGAGGCAGCAACGGUCGUCGUGGAUGCUGAAUUAAUGGUGCUGAAUGUGCCACCCAGAGCGCCGUACAAUUUAAGCGCUAACAGCAGCAAAAACGCCGUCACUUUGACUUGGGUACCAGGAUACGUGAGACCCAAGAUGGAGUACUCAGUAUGGUACAGACCGACAGAUACGUCGGAAUGGAGAACCAUGAAAAUUCUCUCGAGAAAAAUUACGGAGGCUACGGUCAACAACCUCCACCCAGGACGAGAAUACGAGUUCAUGGUGCUCAGCCAGGAUAAGCACGGCGAUGGGAUGUUCAGCAAGGCACUUCGAAUAUUCACUCAGCCAAGUUCCUUCGACGAGAACUCGGCAUCGGAAUAUCGCAGUUCGCAAGAGACCGAAAUCAUGGGGCCACCGCGCAAUGUGAGAGUGCAAGCAACCGUUGAAGGUUUUUUGGUCACGUGGGAACCACCUGACUUAGGCAAAAAUCAAGUUAGACUUUAUACUGUGAGAUGGUAUAGAGGACCAUCUGAACAUUUAUACGGCAGAGCAGAAACGACAGACACUUAUUAUUUAGUAAAAACUUUGGAAGAAGAAAGUUUCUAUACUUUCGAAGUGGCAGCGAUGUCUCUCACGGAUGAUAUCGCAACUAGCGAACGAGUCGGCCUAGAAGUGCCCGCUUAUCGUCGCAACAGGGCGAUUUCUAUGGGAAUUGUCGCCGGUAUUGGCUUUUUAGCCGCUGCUCUAGCCGCUGUAUGGUGGGCGAGGAAACGAUUCUGCCAGCCAUCUAAUGAAAAAUAACCGAGCAAAUACAUAAAAUAUAUAAAAUACGUAAAAAUGCACGUGAGUGUUUACAAACAGAAUAAUUAUUCAUACGAGUUUAUAAAAAAUUAUAAAUAUGUAUACUAAUUGUCAGAAGUUGUUUCAAAAAAAAAAUGGCAUUGCAUCAAGAUAUUUUACAAAAAAUACACAAUUUUCCUUAAAGCAAGAUCUUAUAAGUUCUUAUAAAUUAAUAUACAUGUCUUAAGAUCUUAUAAGUUCUUAUAAAUUAAUAUACAUGUCUUAAGAGUGGAAAAAUAUGAAUCGUAAAAACAUAUCUAACGUCAUUAUGUUAUCAUAAAAUUGGUAUUAGAUAUGCAAAAACUUUUAGAUUACAUCAAGCGAUUUUGUUUGUUGAGCUCUAUUCUAUCUUACUAUCGAGUGUUCUUGCGUCGCUAAUUAUAUUAUAUUUUGUAUGUCGUUUAACAGCUUUAUUAAAUAAUUGCACAAAUGUUAAAUGGAUAGAUUUCAUGUGUGAGUUGCAGAUCGUUGACCUGAAUAUGAGAUCAUGAAUCGAGA